ACCCACAUCUAUCCAUUGAGUUCUCUAGUCUUCUCUCUUAUUUUCUGUUAAUUUUGCCAUUAUUUCUGAGUGUUGUGACUUGUGAGGUUAUAAAGAGAGUAAUUGAGUGUUGUUACAAGGUCCAUUACCCACUAGAGGUGCUGCUGCUAUAUUGAAUCUGAGGAGAGCAUGUGAUAGCCUGCUGCAGAUAUUUUCUGGGCAGCAGUUUGAAGCCCCCAUCUACCAACCCUGAGAUCAUAUUACCCCAUCCCUAGUUUGACCUUAUUUCAAGAAGAAGCUAUAUCUCUACAACCUGAUUCUCAAAGAUCAUGAAGAAAUAUGACAAGAUCACUUCAAGAAGGGCAGCAAGGGCUUACCUAAACAUGGUUGACAACUCUUACCUUGGAAGCUCUGAUGAGGUCACUAAGCUCAUGGAGAGAGUGGAAGCUACCUUCAUCAAGCACUUCUCAAACUCAAACCGACAGAAGGGCAUAAACAUCUUGCGACCACAAGCAAAGAGAGAAAGGCAUAGAAUAACAUUUUCCAUGGAGUCUCUCGAAUGCAACAUGCAGCCGAAAACAUCUCAUGGAUUGUGUUUAGAAACAGUAUCAGGAUAUUCUGGGUUAUUUUCAGUAAUGUCAACAAUCUUGGCUGGGGUCCUAGGAGUUGGACUGCAACAAAUAUCUCAUGCAAAUGGCAAAACGGUCACAAUCAAAUUCCAAAUACCUCCAACAUGUGAAGCGCCACACUUAAUUGUGGACCUUGUUUCACAUCUAGGAUUGAAGGAUGAACGUGGUGGUGGAUCAGAUAUGGGGGGUUUGAUUGGGAGGAGUCUUCUUAUUCAUCUUUUUCUAGUCCUGCUCUCAAUCAAAUCUACGAGAUGCUGA